AUGGUGUCCAUGAUGGCCAAGACCGACCAGCCGAACGAAGUGCCCAAAGUCACCACCAAGAAGCGAGCUCCACCACUAGUAGCCACCAGUAGUAGUAGUCGUCCGACAGCUGCCAAUAAAAAGCCUCGAUCACUAGUGGCUCCACUAUUAAUAGCAGGUCCGCCUCAGCAAGCCGCCCCACCCCGCAGCAGCCGCCGAUGGCCGGAAAGUCUGGAAGCUUUGAAAAAAUUCAAGAGAGAACACGGUCACGCCAAUGUCCCACAUGGCUACGACCAAGACACGGCAUUGUCGUCGUGGGUCAAGAAACAACGCAAAUGCCGCGAGUCGCUAACAGAAGCCAAACGCAAGGCACUCGACGCCGUCGGAUUUAUUUGGGAACCCAACAGCAAGAAAUGGAAUGACAAUUCCUUUCGUACCAUUCAAGAACUCCGACAACAACUCUACGACAAUGGCACUCUGAAAUUGGGAAUGAAACUGACAUGCGACGCCUUUUCCAAUCAUAUCGGCCAUAAGACCAAAAUUGCCAAUUGGUUUCGGCAUCAAGUAUUGACCAAAGAUACGGAACUCACUCCACAACAGCGACUUCAACUAGAUACUUUAUUGAACGAACUGGCGACAGGAGUUCCACCCAAUCAUCAGCAGCAAACCCCAACAACAAUCAUCAUCAAAAAGUCUCCAAACAAAAAAUCUCCAAACAAAAAAUCUACAAACCACAAGGGCAACAACAACAAAAAAAGAAAACCUAAUAAGAGUUCUCUCGCGUCCAACAAAAAGAAGAAAACAGCUACUGUUGUUGUACCACAGCAAAACCAAUCGCCUUCUGCUACUACUACAACUACUGCUAGAAGAAAACCACUACAACAACCACUACAACAAAAUCCACAAGACAUGGAUCAUCAAGACAUGGCUCUCCUCGUCGAUGAUCACCAUAAUAAUGAUCAUCUUUGGUAUACCAAAUUGGCACAAGUCAUUCAACUAGGGCAUGGAUUGGACAUUUCCAAUUUGGAUCCCAUUGAUUAUUCCCAACGCAUCAACGAUGAAACUACAGCCACUUGGUUUCGCCAUCAAAUUCGACUACUCCGACGGGGACGUCUCAAUAACGGCGGCUCAGUACUAAAAGCACGACAAUCCAAACUCAUGGCAUUUUUGAAACAAUUUCGCAAUGGACAUGACUAUGCCAUUGUACCACCACAACAACAACAGCAACAAGAAACUACCAGCAAAUACAGUCGCAAUGCGGCUCCAUCGCGGUGGUUGGAUCGAUUCGAUGCAUUGAAACAAUUCAAGCAAGCAUUUGGGCACACGAUUGUCCCACAUCCGUAUCCCGCCGACAUGACAUUGGGACAAUGGGUCCGAACCCAACGACGGACCCGACCAUCCAUGUUACCGGCACGACGACAAGCACUCGAUGAUAUUGGAUUUGUAUGGGAACCCAAAAAUAAGAAAUGGAACGAUCGAUUUGAUGGGUGCCGCAACAAGAAACGCGUCUGGUACGAACAUGCCCGGAGACGACCCAAAGGAACCAUUGAAGAAUUUGCCGAUUAUUUGGGGAGCAGUACCACGUUGGGACGAUGGUUCUUGUCGCAACUAGAGCAACUCCGAAAAGGAAGUCUCAAUGAGGAUCAGGAAACCAGAUUCGAAUUGUUUUUGUCCAAUCUCUCGUCGUACUCCCCCGCCGAAGAAGCACCACAACAACCACAACAACCACAACAACUACCACCAUUACAACAAACACCAAUGAUCAGUGCACUCGCCACGUCUCUCGGGACUGAGGAGAGUGGUGCAUUCUUGCCCAAGGAGGAAGGAUCGGACGAGGAAGGAGAUGUCUUUGACGAUGCCGAAGAAGAACAAGAUACAAUGGGAGAAUCGUUGCAAGAGCAGCAGCAAGACAAGAAACAGCAGCAGCAGCAAGAAGAAAAGAAAGAGGAGACGGAAUCAUGGAUCGUUCCAGCGCAGUACAUGUCGAUGACGACGACGACGGGUCCUGCAAAUCAAUACUACAAUGCAUACCACAAUGUUCCCGACACUAAUGCUACUUUGGGGCCUGCAGUACCGGUCCAAGCAGACAACGACAACAAUCCAACGCAGUACAUGCCAAUAACGACGACAACGGGUCCUGCAAAUCAAUACUACAAUGCAUACCACAAUGUUCCCGACACUAAUGCUACUUUGGGGCCUGAAGGACCGGUUCCAGCGCAGUACAUUCCAAUGACAACGACGAGUCCUGCAAAUCAAUACUACAAUGUUCCCGACACUACUACAUGUACUUUGGAGCCUGCAGUAACGGUGCAAGCAAACAACAAUCCAACGAAAAAGGAAAUGGGCGGAGAUGAUUAUAUCUUCAUGUUGGGGUUGCAACGUGAAGAGGACGAGGAGUAUGAAACCAUCUAG